GCCACCGCCCCUUGGGCGGAACCGGGCCAGCUCGGGGGAUUUGCGGCUGCAAAGGCGCUUAGGGCGCGCGGCCGGGCCUGGCCAGGCGGGGAUGAGCGAGGCCGCCGCCGCUGCCGGUGUGCGCGCCGCAGACACUCGCUCCCCCGGCGGCGGCGGGCGGCGGCGGAGCAGCAGCAGCAGCACCAGCAGCAGCAGCAAGAGCAGCGGCGGCGGCGGCAUGAAGGUGAAGAAGGGCAGCGGCGGCGGCGGCGGCGGCGGCGCGACCCCCGCCGGGGCUGGAGCGGCCGGGGCGGGAGCCGCCUGCACCGAGGAGGAGCUUUUGCGCAAAGCGCUGAUCAGCCCGGAGGACGUGCUGGGGCUGCAGAAGAUCACCGCCGAUUACUUGUGCACCCCGGAGGAGAAUGUAUUCAAAAUAGAUUUCACCCGGUUCAAGAUCCGAGACAUGGAGUCGGGCACUGUGCUCUUCGAAAUCACCAAGCCACCCGCUUCAGAGCGUGAACACAGUGACAAGAAGGACAUCGACCCAAAUGCCGGGCGGUUCGUACGCUACCAGUUCACGCCAGCAUUCCUCCGGUUGCGUCAGGUUGGAGCCACGGUAGAGUUCACGGUGGGUGACAAGCCCAUCAACAACUUCCGGAUGAUUGAGAGACACUAUUUUAGGGACCAGCUGCUGAAGAGUUUUGAUUUUGAGUUUGGGUUCUGCAUCCCCAGCAGUAAAAAUACAUGUGAGCACAUCUACGAGUUUCCACAGCUCUCGGAAGACCUCAUCCAGGAGAUGAUCCUUCACCCCUAUGAGACCCAGUCGGACAGUUUCUACUUCGUAGACAACAAGCUGGUGAUGCACAACAAGGCAGACUAUUCCUACAGCGGGGGUCCCUGAGCAGAGCUGGCGGGACAGCCUUCUGUUCCCCGUAGAAAUGGUCUGGGGCUGGCACCGAGAACCGGGACUCAAGGACUCUGCCGGCACUGGAGCGACCUGCCUGACCUAGCUGAAGCCUCCCCCUGGGCCUUGCCGAGGCAGCCCCCAACCUCCUGGGAAGUCUCUUUCCACUCUCGAGUCACUCAUAGGUGUCAGUCACUGGAGGCUCUUCCAGUAGCUCUGUGUAGUCCCUUCGGCGUGCAUCUCAUACUGGUCACGAAGUCCUCAGAUCCGUGAUUUUUUAUUGCCCAGAACUCUUAGAAUAUGACGUGGACCGCGGCUGCCGGGGAUAGGCAGGAGGCGGUGUGGACCUAGGGACUCUUUAUGAGAAUUGCAUAACUAAGCCACCUCCCGUAUCAUUUUCUCCUUCAGUCAUAGCGGCCGGCUUCCGUUUUGAGCAGCAAAGCACAGGGGAGACGGGGAAACCUUGAUUCUGGAGCCCGAGAGACAUGGGAAGAGGAGGGGAUUGGCAUGAGGCAGAAUCCCGCCGCCCCCCCCCCCGACCCCGGCAGCACAAUACUGGCCUCUGUGCCCCCCACUCCCUGUGUCAUGCCUAGGGGUUCCAUGAAUAUUGAGGGGGAGCUUUCCCACGGGGGCCUUGGGAUUUUUCUGUGGCCCAGGCCAGGCCAGGGCUGGGUGGCGGCUUGCACUUUUUCUCCGCUUCCAUUUGAUCUGCUUCCCCCUCUAAGGAGAUCUGGAAAACCUGCCUAGUGAGCGGAUGCAUGCUUCCUAUGUGGCACUGACUCUUUAGGUCGCUGUGUAUCCCCCCCCACCACCACCACCCCUGGACUUAGUGGGAGGCUCAGAGUGGCGUUUUAUUUACGAACGAGAUCAGGAUCUCCACCGCUCAACCAAGGCGUCGAUUUCUUCCUAAGCACCUUGCCUUGGAGCGCAGUCAUACAGGGAGGGGAUCUGCUUUCAGACCCUGCCACCCCUUGUGGUGGUGGUGGUGGGGGGGGGGGAUACUGUGAAGGUCCCAGAGGAGUCUCUGCAGACUUAGCCAGGUCCCAACGCUCCCCCUGGAAAGCCCUCCCCUGCCCUCUGGCGUGGCUUCUUCCUUGGAGAGUUGCUGUUCUACAGCCAGACUUAUUACACAACCAGAAUCCUGGACUUCCAGCUGAGGCGAUCAGAGGUCUGUGUGGCGGGGAUUAUAGAGAGGCGACCACCCCACCCUGUUUCUUUGUCCCGUGUCUGAUCUCGAGACAUUCUCUGGCGUGUCUCUCUGUGAUUUUUGUCUGUCUGUCUGUUGGGCUUGCUGCCUGUGUAUCACUUGGGGAAGUCUGCUUAUUCUCCCAGGGACAAACGAAUGCAAGAAGAUGACUGUCAGGGAGUUGUGUGAAUUAAAGCAGCAUUGCCCGGGGGGGGUGGGGUGCGUUUGUGUUCACAUUUAGGAUGUUUCUAAAGCUGUUCUGAGCCACAGUGGGCGUAAGCCAUUUACCAGUUACCAGUUGCAGGGGAGUCACAGCAGCAGGAGAGAGGGCAUGCCCCUUUCAACUCCUGCCUGUGGGUUCCCUAGAGGCAUCUGGUGGGCCACUGUGCGAAACAGGAUGCUGGACUGGAUGGGCCGCCUUGGGCCUGAUCCAGCAGCAGGGCUGUUCUUAAGUUCUUAUGUUCUUAUGCCAUGUGGCUAGCAGGCCCUCCCCCCCGUGGAACAGAGGCAGAGGUUCCCUUAGGUAAUUUUGGAGGCUGGACCUUUGGAGCCCCCUCCUGCUGCAAGUUAAACAUCCUCCUCCUACACACACACACCCCGUGGCAAACACAAUAUUUUUAACAUGUGGGGUAUAAAUAUAUAUAUAUAUGCAAAUAGGCAGUAGCAGAAACAUUUCAACACCCAACUUAACAUAUCCCCACCCCGCAUUUUCCUUUCUCCACUCCACCCCUCUGUCCCUAAAGCUCCCAGCUCAGGUCCUAAUCAGACUUGGCCACCUGGCACAGUGCAGGCCAGCAGGGACCAUACCACCCGGGACGCUCUAAAGAGGAUUUGGGGGGCCCCACGGGGUGUGGAGGCCCUGGAUUUUGGCUCCGAAGUCCAGGGGGAAGAGCACCACUGGGGAUAGCAUUGCUGCACUUAGAGCGUUCUCUGUGCAAUCGCCCCUUCCUUAUCCCUCGCUCCAAACCUUUCGAGUAAAAUAGCAUUUUUGCUCAGGGUUAGGGUGACAGUGACCAAGUGGCCGCUCUCCACGGAGUCCUCUCUGGAGGACAUGCCUGCUUGUUGUCAUUUCCGUUCCUCUGACAACACCAAGGACAUUUUAUAGUAGGUUUUGUGUUUUUAAAACUUUAGAAGGCUUAACAAAAACCAUGGCAAAUGUGACCGCUGUAGGCCUGACAGUCAGGCCAAGAAAAGCACAAGGGACACGCUCAAAGCUGGAAGUCCUCUUUUCCAUCGCUUGGGGUGCAGGUAAAGGUAAAGUUGUGCCGUCGAGUCGGUGGCGACGACAGAGCCCUGUGGUUGUCUUGGGUAGAAUCCAGGAGGGGCUGACCAUUGCCAUCUCCCUCGCAGGAUGAGAGGAUGCCUUUCAGCAUCUUCCGAUAUCGCGGCUGCCCCAUAGAGGAGUUUCCCACAGUCUGGGAAGAAUACCAGCGGGGAUUCGAACCCGCAACCUCUUGCUCCUUAGGCAAGUUACUUGCUGGACCCAAGAUGGUAGCAACCUAGCGCAUGGACUAAAAGAAUAGCCGAAAUGCACCGAGGAAGCCCGUUUUGAAGUUGUGGUCUGGGAAGCCAAAAGCUUCGGCGUGGGCAAAAGACAAGGGAGAGAUUUUGCUCUUUCCUCCCAGGAGCCCUUACUCCAAGGACGCAGGACGCCGGUCUCCAAAGAGCGCAGCUGCUGUUUGUAGAUAGCUCUAUAAAUACUUGAUGUCUCCUUCUCCAGUUCUGUGAGUUCAAUACAACACUUGUACGUUAGUCUCAGGUCGGUGGAACAGUAGCGAGUUUGUGUACCAUUCUCAUACCAUUUUUAGUUGUGAUGGCUAACACUCUCUGGUCACAGCCUCGUUCGAACCCAUGUCCCCAAUAAAAAACAGUAGAACCUUGCAACGUCUUGUGGCGUGGUGUUCCCUAGGCACAAGAGCUGGCAGUGGCCCUCCUGACGGUGCUUCAGUGACGAUACAAGAGCAGUAGAUGCAUUAUAUUUUGAUAUACUAUUCCUUAUACCUCUGUGCAGAGGCUUUAUUUUGUGUAUUUAUUUUUUGUUUAUAGACAUUCCUUGAAAAAUAUAUUAUCAAAACACAUUGGAAUAAAUGUUUUUUCAUCAGCUGUUCUUGUAUGGUUGAAGCCCUCUCAGCUGACAUUGA